AUGGAAAUCGAACGGGAAUUUAACAUGGAAUAUGGUGCCUUUACGUCCAACUCCACCACAUACGGGAACUUCUCUGAGAAUAAUAUGAUCAGUAACACAGAAUUGGGUUUCAUGGAUGAACUUUUGAUUGAAGGAUGCUGGUUGGAGACCACUGGACUAGGCUUAAACCUUUUCCCUCCAGGCCCCCUACCAGCUUCCGCCCAAGCUUUCAAUCAUGAGUACCGGCCUUCACAUCAUUAUUUGCCUCCUUUGGAAAUAAACUCUAUCAGUCAUCUCAGCAUCAACCAGUACUACAGCCAGCAAAUCUACCAAGAAUCCACCGAAGGAACUUUUCCCGAAUCUGAAGGUAUUCUAGUAGAAGGCACUGAACUUGGGAUGAUCAGGAGAUGGUGGAUUGGGCCAAGCUGGGCUAAUCCGGGACCUUGUUCAUCAGUGAAAGAGAGACUAAUGAUGGCCGUUGGAUACUUGACAGAAUGUACAAAGAACAUGAAUGUGCUUAUUCAGAUAUGGGUGCCAAUAAGCUGGAGAUCAUCGGGAGGCAGAUAUAAUUUCCUCACCACUCAGGAUCAGCCAUACUCCUUUGGAGCUAACUGCAAGAGCCUUGCGAACUACAGAGAUGUUUCUAGGGCAUAUGAUCAUGAGUUUGCAGUUGAGGAAGAUAUAGAUCAGGUUUUCUGGGAACAGUUGCCUGAAUAUUGGACUCCUGAUAUUGUUCGUUUCUUCAAAAGAGACGAAUACCCACAUGAUAUAAUUAACUAUGCACAUGAUGAGCAGUACUCACGCGGCGUUCGAGGCUUUCUUGCCCUUCCUGUUUUCGAACGAGGGAGUGGAACUUGCUUGGGUGUUGUUGAGAUUGUCACAACUGCUGAUCAAAAUAUCAACGUCCAUCGCCCAGAACUUGAAAAUGUGAUCUGCCAAGCUCUUGAUCAGGCUAAUGUUGAUCUUCGGAGUUAUCAAUCCUUCAGCCCUCCAAGUGUAAAGGCUUAUAAUUAUGACGAGUUGUACCAAGUAGCAUUGGCCGAGAUAGUAGAGGUUUUAGCAACUGUUUGCAAGACACAUAGAUUGCCUUUAGCUCUAACUUGGGCCCCAUGUCUCCAACAAGGUAAAGGUGGAUGCCGGCAUUCUGAUGAGAAUUAUGCUCAUUGUCUUUCAACUGUGGAUACGGCUUGCUUUGUGUCUGAUGCAGAAGUUUUGGGCUUCCAUGAAGCCUGCUCCGAGUACCACCUGUUUCGAGGUCAAGGAACCGUCGGGACUGCAUUCACCACAACCAAACCAUGUUUUGCAACUGAUAUGUCUGCCUUUAGCAAGAUAGAAUAUCCUCUCUCUCACCAUGCUAGGAUGUUUGGAUUGCGUGCUGCUGUAGCAAUCCCCUUCCGCAGCCUCUAUACCGGCUCAGCUGAUUUUGUGUUGGAGUUUUUCUUACCAAAGGAUUGCCAUGAUACUGAAGAACAAAAUCAGAUGCUCAACUCAUUGUCCAUUGUGCUACAACAGGCUUGCCGGAGUUUGCAUGCUGUAAUAGAGAAAGUAGUACUCGAUGAGGAUGAAGUCAUAUACUCAGUUGAGGAAGUGGUUAUUGCUUCAGAUGAUGUUAGAAUUAAGAAAGAAGAACCUCAGAAAUCAGUAUCUUCCCCUCUGAAAGAAGCCUGUUCGAAAGAGUCAUCAUGGAUUGCCCACAUGAAGGAGGUCCAGCAGAAAGGCAAAGGUGUCUCUAUCUCCUUGGAGUACCAAGAAGAAGAUCCCAAGGAGGAAUUCAAGGUGACAACUCACUGGGAUAACACUCAGGGGGCCUCGCUCAAUGGGCAGGGCUUGUCAGAAUUUGGGCAACUUCAGCAAAGUUCUGGGUCCAAAGGUAGUGUUGAUGGUGGUGGAGGUUCUUAUUCUUAUGGCGGGCGGCGUUCAUCAAGUGGUAGAAAAACAGGCGAGAAGAGGAGGACCAAGACACAGAAGACUAUAAGCUUGUCAGUUCUCCGGCAAUACUUUGCAGGAAGCCUAAAAGAUGCUGCUAAAAGUAUUGGUGUGUGCCCGACUACCCUGAAAAGGAUAUGCAGGCAACAUGGGAUUACACGAUGGCCAUCUCGAAAGAUCAAGAAGGUAGGCCACUCUCUGAGGAAACUCCAGAGUGUAAUCGACUCGGUUCCAGGAGCUGAGGGUGCAAUUCAAAUCGGGUCUUUCUACACUAACUUCCCAGAAUUUAACUCCCCUGGAAAUGGCUCUUUCUCGUCAAUGAAAAUGAUCAGUGACGGCUCAAAGCAAUCAAACCCUAUACCAGAGAGUAGUUUACUUAACCAUGGGUCCGGUACUCACUCAAAAUCCCUGCCUUCUUCAUGCAGCCAGACCUUUGGUCCCAGUAGCUUUUGUGCUAGUACUGCAGCACAGCAACAUAGCACACCCAUCAAUGCUUUGAGUAAUGCAGAUACAUUAAUGAGAGAGAAGCCUGGUGGAUUGCUGCCUAUGGCUUGCAGUGAUGCAGACUUACAUACCUUGAAUCGACACGAACAGAACCUUCUCCCCGCAGCCGAAUGCCUCAAAUCUUUUGGCGGGCUUCCUGAUCUUGAGACUCUGCCCAUUUUACUAGAAAGCAGCAGCCAUAAUUCUGGAGAUGGCGGUACUGGUGCUUUUUGA